AUGUCAGAUCCCACUCCAGCCCAGGAGACUCCAGCUCGCAAAAAACAACUCACUCCUAUUCAGCGCGCAGAAAUAUGUGUGCUGAAGCGGGUAAAUGGCUGGGGUGCUAAGCGCAUCCAUAAAGCGUUCCCUCAUAUCCCAAAGUCGACAAUUGGCUACACGCUGAAAAUGGAAUCCAAGCGUACUGAUCAUGCUCGUAUCACUGGAUCUGGUGGACAGUUUAAGCUCACCAAAGAAGAGAGACAGAGGCUAUAUGCUGCUAUUGAAGAGAAUCCUUCAAUCACAGUGAAAGACCAACUUUCCUUGAUUGACAAUAAGCUUUCACGCAAUGGUCUUUAUAAAAUGUUGCAAAAUAAGAAGCUAAGCAAGAAGAGGAUGACUCCAAUUUCUACUCCGUCGGCUUCGCCUCCAUGUCCACAACCCUCCAGUAUGACCUGA